AUGUCACCCCGGGACGUCGUCACCGCGGCGGCCGCUCCGCAAGUUGCACUUUGUUCCGCGGGGUCCUCGGCUCGCAGGGGCGGCGCGGCCCCCCGAGGGAAGCCCCGCCCGGGCCUCCCGGAGUGGCUCCCUCCGUCCUUUUCCCUCCGUUGUAACGAAGGGCUAAUCGCGACCGUUUCUGGAAACGGUAUCUUUCCCGCUGGACGUCCCCAAGGUGGAGGAAGCGGCCGCGGCGGGGGGUGGGGGGGAGGCGCCCGGAGACUCCGGGAGCGGAGGAGGCGGCGGCGGCGGCGGCGGCACGGGACCCCCCUCGGGCCGGGAGGACGGGGCUGGCGAACCCCUCGGAACCCGCGGCUGAGCCCCGCCCCCCCCGCCCCCCCUCCGCCGAGUCCCCUGGGUGCGAGGUGCCGAGGCAUCCAACACCUCCUCCCGCUCCUCAGGGACCGGCCUGCUGGCGCGUCCAACUUCUGCAACCGGGCUUUCCCCGAGUUCAGGGGGCAGGGCCCCAUCCCUCAAACAGCCUGGCAGGGGGCGCCCCCCACCGGCCUGGCCGCCCCCACGCCGGGUCCGGUCUCUGCGGGGCCUGGUUCGAGGGCCGGGCUCCCCCCCUCAGGCGCGACCCUUCGGACAGCAAGGGUCUCGGGCUCCAGAACGCUGGCGGGCGCGGGAGGGGGCGGCAAGGGGCAGGGCGGCCGCUCGCCCCGAGGAGGCAGGCGCCGCGCGGUGGAAACGUGGCAGCAGCCGGGAGGCGGCGUCUCCUCCGUCCCGAUCUCCCGACCCCGACCCCGCCGAGGGCCACCCCCACCCCCGGAAACCUCGCCGGCCGCCCCCAACCCUUGCUUCGCGCCGAGCCGGAGCCGAUGCAACCUGGCUCGAUCCCGCACUCCUUCCCGGCUCCCCGGCGCGCCUCCCAAAGGAGCCAUCGACGUGGCGGCGGGGGCGGGGGGCGCCCGGGCCCCCCUCACCCUGAAGCCCUCAGCCCCAACAUGCCCGCCUCCCCCGGCCCGGUCUCCUCACCGCCGCCGCCGCCGCUCUGGGGCCGUAGAUUCGGCGGCCCCGACCAACUCCGGGCGGGGAACCACGGGCUCCGCCUCACGGGGGGGGCCGCUUCUCGGCGGCCAGAAGCGCAGCAAGCCCGGUCCGGCUCGCGCGGCUCCCGCGUCGUCGGGCGGGCAGACGGGCGCGAGCGGCGAGCGCAGCCUGAGGUAG